UGUCAAGGCACUUGCCGAACUCCCAGCCCUCAGUGGGACUGCGCACCUGCGCUUAACUGUUCCUCUCCUUAUUUCCCUCCUUACUGUAGCCAUCAUGCUUGGACUUUUCGAUUCGAUGAUGCUGUUAGGGUCUUUGGCCUUGUCACUGGCCAUCUUGGUGCCAUUAGCUGGCACAUUGGUGCGCUUCAGAGCACAUUACAACCCGAAGGGUCUGCAACUCGAUUCAGAGGGCGGUGUACAGCCCCACACUGGCCCAGUCAUCUCAUCCUUCUUUUCAAUGCUGAGAAGGGUACACAGAAUCGAGGGUUGGCCAGGACUAUACAAGGGGUUAAUGCCCUCGUUGUUGUCAACUCUCGUUAUUACCUUCUUCCUGAUGAUAUUUUUGAGCGACAGCAAUCUUCGCCAUGGAACAUACAGCGCUCCUGACGCAGGCGCUGUCGGCAUACUCCUCUAUAGUAUUUUCGCCAUGCUCGUUUCUCUUCCUCAGGUAAUCAUUACAAAUCGUGCAAUUACAACACCACAUAAGUUGCCGUACUUCAACCCAAUCUAUUCACUCCGUAUUCUCUUGACGCCCACGGAACGGCGGAAACCCUGGAUUCUCUAUCUCACUCCAGGUCUCCUUGCCACACAAGUUGCCCACAUCGCCUACAUCGUUCUUGGUCUGCGAUCGAUUCGGCAGCUUCUUCUCCCAGAACUCGCGAAUCCAGGCAUGCCUCGGAUAGAAGAAAUUUCCCCCGUUAAACUUGUCGUAUUCCUCGUCAUCGCGCUUCUGAGCACAAUCAUUCUCACCCCUUUGGAAGUUAUUGCCAUCAGACUUUCUAUUCAACGGAACCACGCAGCCCCUGAAUUCAACUCUAUUUCACAAGAGGAGGAAGGCGACGCCGAUGAAGCAACGGAGUACGCUGGUGUGGAAGAGGAUGUCAUUGGCCUGAGAACCGAGAGGGAGCCAUAUGUCGGCUUGAUUGAUUGCGGGAAGAGGAUUAUCGAAGAGGAAGGUUGGGGCGCGUUGUAUCGUGCAUGGUGGUUGACGACAAUGGGCAGUCUGGGCGGUGUAUUCUCAUAAAGAUGUUCAGUUUUCUGGUCUAUACUGGACUUUCUCCCCUUCCUCCUAAUGGAGCAUGUCUCGAUUCGCGAAUACGCCUUUCAAACCGGAAACAUACUAUGCAUAUUGUAUUACCGUUGUACUUGGCCGCCUCCUGUUAAUUUCAUCUGUCAGCUGCCUGCAUCAGUAUACUUCAUGUAUUCGAUGGAUGUGGUAUGGUCCGAUCGAUCUGUUGCGUACAACACUGUUGACGGCGAGCGAGGAAGAGCUAUCGAACACAAUGCAACGUACGACUGCACUGGUCGCUGUCAGUUCCUCUCGUGCAUAACUCGAGCUUGACA